AUGUGUAUAAAUGGAGAACAGGCUGUUCCUUGCAAGGGUGAGGAUGUAAGUGCUACUACUUACAAAGUACUUGGAGGAGGAGUAAUAGAAGUAAGUAAUAAGAAGAGAAGGAAAGACAGUGAAUUUAAGCUCCGUUACGAGGCUCAGCUCGAACUCAACAGCAAACUCGAGGAGCAGACGCUGUGGUACGAAGAGGAAGUGGAGAAGACAAAGGAAAAGAUUAAGAAAGGUCAGGAAUUUUCCUACGAUGCGGAUCUGGACAAAUACAGCGAGUUUGAACUCCUAAGGAUGGUGAAGAGUUUGGAGAGAGAGAGGAAUAACUUGUACAGUGAUCUGAGGAACAAGAGUUGGCUGUUGGAUAACCAGUCGAAGGAGUACCACCACCUGAAGGAGCUGAUCCGCGCCUACACGGGCGACCUGACCAUCGUGAACCGGUCGCUGGAGCACAUGUGGCGCCAGCGGAGCAUCAGCCGGGACUCAGGCUUCGCGGGGGGCGCCACGCCAGUCACCUCCCCGGGGGGUGUAAAGUGGAGCAGCGGUCAGUCCGGCAUCCGGCCAUCGCAGCGCAUCUUGGACCCGCGCAAAGGACCCAUCAGGAAGACGGUGGGCGUGCGCUCCCUCCCGCGCCUCGACCAGGAAGCGCUCGAUUACUACGACGCCGCAGGACUGAGCAGAAAGGCGCGAUCCAGGUCUCGAGGACGAGCGAGGACCCGAGCCAAGUCCCUGGAGGCGAAGAAAGAGUCCAACAGGCUGAUGAGGGAGGACGAGCGGGCGAAGUCGUCGGGCGAAGUCGUCUCGCAGAGGUCGUCCUCGGGAGUCUUCGAGGAGUCGUCGUACGAGGCGAGCAACGAGGCCUCGACCAGCGCCUCCGUCGAGCUCGGGUCGGAGAAGUGAGCGAAGGGAGGAGAGAAGAGAAUAAGAGAAUAGCAUGGAAGAGAAUAGAAGAAGAGGGGGGAGGAGAAGUGAGCGAUUAGAGGAGAGGAGAGAAUAAGAGAAAAGUAUGGGAGAAUAUAGAAGAAGAGAAGGGAGAAGUAAGCGGAGUCCCGGAUGCCUUCUCAUGGGGAGAGAUAAGGAAGAAGGUGUAGAGGAAGCGAGGAGAGGAGGGAGAGAAGAGAAGAGGAUAAGGGAAUAAAAUAGAAUGGACUGUAAUAUAAUAUAUAAUAGAAUAGAAGAGGAAAGGGAAGUUAAGGUGAUGUGAUGUGUAAGGAGACGGACAGAAGAGAAAAGGAAAGAGAAGAGACGAGAAGAGAAAAUCAGAGAAGGAACGAGAAGAGAAAGGAAGAGAAGCAAAAAAAGAAUGAAGGCGAGAAAAGGUUCCUCGUGUUCCACAAGAAGAGUUCCUCUGGAUCUGUGUCUUGCGCGCGUCCUUAGCCUCGAAGUAUCAGUCUCCUCGAAGCUUAAACCGGGCAAGAGUCAUUUAGGUCUUAGGUCCCGGAGUAUCAGGGUCUCCAGCUUUCGGUAUCAGGUGAGGUUUUGUUUGGGUUUAGGAUAAUGUGCGUAUAAGAUUUAGAAGACUAAUGAGCCUUUUUUUAUUAACUACUUUGGGCUUGGGUAUUCGGUGAAGUAUACACCGGCUUCCAAUAUAAGGACUUCAUUAAUAGGAGGGGCUGGCUUCAUUAUCAGGAGGGACUUGGUUCAAUAUCAAGAGAGAUUUGCUUCAGCAUCAGGAGGAACUUGCUUCAAUAUCAAGUAAUCCGAUAAGGUUCGGGCUAAUCUAGGAUUUCGGCCUUGCUUUAACCUUCAGGAUUGAGAUGACAUUUUGAAAUUUGAUAAAGUUUGUCGUUGAACUCCUUCAUUAUUAGAAUUUCCGAAAAAAAAAAAAAUUGCUUUACUUGAAACAUAAUUAAUUUGGUAUGUGUAAGUAAGUAAGAGUAUUUUUUUUUUUUUUUCAUAGCGUAUUCCGUCCAAUAAGCAAUACUAUUAAAAAUGAAGAAUGGAUGUAUGUCAGUGAAUAUAGACAUAAAUAGAUGAAUGAGAGAGAGAAAGAGAGAGAGAGAGACUGGUGAUUACAUUCGCCCAUAAAUGAACUGUAAAUAGGAAUAAACAUAUACCAAUGUAA